AUGACAAGCUUUACCCUUCUAAACUUGGUCUAUCAAUUGCUUAAAGUAGAAACUGCAGUGUGCCUCAGUGACCGAUUCCAACCGCUGUUUGUGGUAGAUCUGAUCAAGUAUUAUGAGCGGAUCCUGCCCGUUGCAAUCGGAUUGAGAAACAAAAUGAUGGGAAACAAAGUUGGAAAGAAGCCGCAGAGGAAGAAUAUCCGGCCGACUGACAUGAGGAUUCGUAGGAGUGAGUUGGGUAUUGAAGGCUCUAUCCCCGAUAAUAAGGUCCAAAAAACCUUAGCCAAUCAGCGCAGAAGAGUUUCACAGGUUGAGGCCUCGAUCAAUGCCACAAAGUCAGGGGUUGUUGCAAGUCCAACAUCACCUCAAUCAGUGAUUGUAAGAUCAGUGCCAGCUACAGCAGAAAACUCGCCCGUUGAAACUAAGACCAAUAAAAAGACUAGCAAGGAGGAUCGUUUAUCAAAAAAGAUCAAUACGCAUGAACUGUUGGUGGAAGAAGAGAAAAUACUCCAAUCGCCGCCCGUCGUGGUCAAUGAAGUGGUAUUCUCACCACCAGCCCAAGUCACUUCCAUCCAGUCUCCAGACCAAACUUCAUCUGGUCAAGAGCAGCAACCAAUGGGGGAGUCGCUAGAAGUAUCCAACAACAACGAGGCACGAGAUGCGCCAUUUGUUCCUCCGACUCAAAGCGGCAACAACCCCGUUGAUUUGCCGUUUGUCCCACCAACAAUGACCAAUUCGUCGCUGGACAAUGAGAUUAUCUCCUCUUAUGGAGAGGGGCCAUCAUCUUCUGAGAUCGAUGAGCAAGACAUCCCGCUGUCUGCCAAGGCAAACCCUAACCGGCUCAACUCGCAUGAAAAGAUCUCGCCUGGCGGUGCCUCUCUCAACUGGAAACAAGGACUUGUCGGCAGCCCAAAGACCUGUAACCCUUCCGCAAAACUUGCUCACCCCGCUGGCUCGCCCCCCAGUGUUAUUUUCACGGUGAUUGAGAUUGGAGGGUUGUGCUCAUGA